GGCCGCAGCAAGUUCGGUUGAGCCGCGGCUAUAUAGACCGGUGGCGGAGCACGCGUGUGUGCGGACGCACUUGCGUGAGCGAUUCCUGCCGCUUUCGCCGCUGCUGUGGAGCAAAAAGCUUGUUCCUCUCCCGCUCAGCCGCUCAGGUUGAAUUGACCAAAGCAAUGGUUAUGGAGAAGCCUAGUCCCCUGCUGGUCGGGCGGGAAUUUGUGAGACAGUAUUACACACUGCUGAACCAGGCCCCGGACAUGCUGCAUAGGUUUUAUGGAAAGAACUCGUCCUAUGUUCACGGGGGCCUGGAUUCAAAUGGCAAGCCAGCAGACGCAGUCUACGGACAGAAAGAAAUUCAUAGGAAAGUGAUGUCGCAGAACUUCACCAACUGCCACACCAAGAUUCGCCAUGUGGAUGCCCACGCCACGCUGAAUGACGGUGUGGUGGUCCAGGUGAUGGGACUGCUGUCCAACAACAACCAGGCUCUGCGGAGAUUCAUGCAGACCUUCGUCCUGGCUCCCGAGGGCUCUGUUGCAAAUAAAUUCUAUGUUCAUAAUGAUAUCUUCAGAUACCAAGAUGAGGUCUUCGGUGGCUUUGUUACUGAGCCUCAGGAAGUUGAAUCUGAGGAAGAAGUAGAAGAACCUGAGGAAAGACAGCAGACACCGGAAGUUGUUCCUGAUGAUUCUGGAGCUUUCUAUGAUCAAGCAGUCAACAAUGACUUGGAAGAACACAUAGAGGAGCCUGUCGCCGAGCCCGAGCCUGACCCCGAGCCAGAGCCAGAGCAGGAACCGGCGUCUGAAAUCCAAGAGGAAAAGUCUGAGCCCGUCCUGGAAGAAGCUGCAGCUGAGGCUGCGCGGCAGAGCGCCUCCCCCGCCCCCGCGGACGCCGCGCAGACCGCGCAGGAGGACCUCAGGACAUUUUCUUGGGCUUCUGUGACCAGUAAGAAUCUCCCUCCCAGCGGAGCCGUUCCGGUUACUGGCAUUCCACCCCACGUCGUCAAAGUCCCAGCCUCCCAGCCCCGUCCAGAGUCUAAGCCUGAAUCUCAAAUUCCACCGCAGAGACCUCAGAGGGAUCAGAGAGUUCGAGAACAACGAAUAAACAUCCCUCCCCACCGGGGUCCCCGGCCAAUCCGUGAGGCCGGUGAGCAAGGUGAUGUGGAGCCCCGGAGGAUUGUGCGGCACCCCGACAGUCACCAACUCUUCAUUGGCAACCUGCCUCACGAGGUGGACAAGUCAGAGCUCAAAGAUUUCUUCCAAAACUAUGGAAAUGUGGUGGAGCUGCGCAUUAACAGCGGUGGGAAGCUGCCCAACUUUGGUUUUGUUGUGUUCGAUGACUCUGAGCCUGUGCAGAAGGUCCUGAGCUGCCGGCCCAUCAUGUUCCGAGGCGAAGUCCGUCUGAAUGUGGAGGAGAAGAAGACGAGGGCGGCCCGAGAAGGCGAUCGCCGAGACAGCCGCCUGCGGGGACCCGGAGGCCCUCGAGGUGGGCUGGGGGGCGGCCUGCGAGGCCCGCCCCGCGGAGGCCUGGUGCCCAAGCCGGGGUUCGGAGUGGGAAGGGGCAUCGCCCCCAGACAGUGACGACCCCAGCGCCCGCAGAGGAGGAUUUCUUCAGCCAGCCUCUGGCAUCCUGGAGUUUGAUGACCCCAGUCUAUUAUAAACUGCUAAGUUUGUACAAUUUUAUUUCUUUUUGUGUUAGGGUGUCUGCCCCUCCCUUCCCUCUCCUGACUGACCUUUUAGUCCUUCACUUCCGGUUCUGUGGAGUGAGAUUCUAGGAGUGAUGGAUUUUUAACAACAACAACAAGAAGAAAAACAGACUGGUUUUCCUUGCUUACUUUGCAUAUACGGACUGGAUUUUUUUUUUUAAACAGCCAUUUCCCCAAAGGAAUGUGUCUUGCUUAUUACUGACAUUUGGUAUGUUUUCAUUCAUUGGAAUAUUUCUUAUUUUCUACCUAUUUCCAAAGCCUGUGGCAAAUACAGGAUUUGAUAAACAUUUUGGAGACAGGAAAACAAAUCCAAAUUGUUCCUUAAGUCCUGACUACACUCUGAUGUGGAAAAAUUGCUAUUUGGAAAAUUUGACAAGUUUGAUUCUCACUGAUAUGGUUGUCUGAAUAAAACGUGUUGAUAGAACUUUUUUCUUUGGAUAUGUGAUCAUCAAACAAGUCUAAAACCUACUGUUUUGACCAUUGGAAUUUAAAUUUUGAGAUAGGUUUUCAAUGUCUAGAAUGCAACUGAGAUUUUUCUUGAACUACUAGAUUUUUCAGGUAGUGUUUUUCAUGUUUAGUUUGUAUUUGUAAAAAAAAAAAAAAACUACAAAAAACAAAAAAAAAAAGAGAAAACAAAAUCCCCCAAAUC